CCAUGAGACGCUCUUAUUACGGAAGCUCGCUUGGAAAACGGGACGCGACGAAACGCGAAGGGGGGUCGCCUGGACAAUGACUGACGUGGAAAGUGGAAAGGACUGAGUAACAAACGUCGGGGGAGAGUCUUGAGAGCCAAAUCCAUCGCCCCUCUCUGUGUGAGCUGCUGUGGGUUUAGCACAAUGAAUCUGGAUAAAGCAGAGCUGUGUGAUUCACUGCUAACCUGGUUGCAGACAUUUCAGGUGCCAUCAUGCAACAGCAAGCACGACCUAACCAGUGGAGUGGCCAUCGCACACGUGCUUCACAGAAUAGACCCCGCUUGGUUUAAUGAGACGUGGCUGGGCCGGAUCAAGGAGGAUAGCGGAGCCAACUGGCGCCUCAAGGUCAGCAACCUGAAAAAGAUUCUCAAGAGCAUGAUGGAAUAUUAUCAAGACGUGCUCGGUCAUCAGGUAUCAGAUGAGCACUUACCAGACGUGAACCUUAUAGGAGAGAUGGAAGAUGUCACCGAGCUGGGAAAGCUGGUACAACUCGUAUUGGCCUGUGCUGUCAGUUGUGAGAAGAAGCAAGAGCAAAUCCAGCAGAUAAUGACACUUGAGGAAUCUGUCCAGCAUGUUGUGAUGACAGCCAUUCAGGAGCUCUUAUCAAAGGAUCCUUCAUCAGACCCAGGAAGUCCAGAAACCUAUGGGGACUUUGACUACCAGUCCAGGAAGUAUUAUUUUCUAAGUGAGGAGGCAGACGAGAAGGAGGACCUGAGCCAGCGCUGUGGAGACCUGCAGCAUCAGUUGUCGGUGGCUCUGGAGGAGAAGUCGUGCCUACAGGUGGAGACGCGCUCCCUGAAGGAGAAGCUGAGCCACUGCGACUCUCUGGACGUCUCCGCCACCGCCAUCACGGGCAAGAAGCUGCUGCUGCUGCAGAGUCAGAUGGAGCAGCUUCAGGAGGAGAACUACAGACUGGAGAACAGCCGAGAUGAUGCACGCGUGAGGGCAGAGGUACUGGAGCGGGAGGUGACCGACCUGCAGCUGCGUAACGAAGAGCUUACCAGCCUGGCGCACGAGGCCCAGUCGCUCAAAGACGAGAUGGACAUUCUCAGGCACUCGUCUGACCGGGUGAACCAGCUGGAAGCGCUGGUGGAGACGUACAAGAGGAAGCUGGAGGAUCUGGGAGACCUGCGCAGGCAGGUGCGCCUCCUGGAGGAGCGCAACACCGUUUACAUGCAGCGCACCUGCGAGCUGGAGGAGGAGCUCCGCAGGGCCAACGCUGUCCGCAGUCAGCUGGACACCUACAAGAGACAGGCUCAUGAGCUCCACACCAAGCACUCGGCAGAGGCGAUGAAAGCUGAGAAAUGGCAGUUUGAGUACAAGAACCUUAACGACAAGUAUGACGCACUGCUGAAGGAGAAAGAACGUCUGAUCUCGGAAAGGGACACACUUCGGGAGACAAACGAUGAGCUCCGGUGUGCACAAGUCCAACAGAGGUGUCUCAGCGGGUCUGGAGGCUUGUGUGACGAUGAUGUCACAGUAGGAAACCUGGCUGCAGAGAUCAUGCCGACUGAGCUCAAGGAGACGGUGGUGCGUCUGCAGAGUGAAAACAAGAUGUUGUGCGUCCAGGAGGAGACCUACAGGCAGAAAGUAGUGGAGGUGCAGGCCGAGCUGGAGGAGGCCCAGCGCAGCAAGAACACCCUGGAAGCUCAGAACAGAUUAAACCAGCAGCAGAUCUCAGAGCUGCGUUCUCAGAUCGAGGAGCUCCAGAAAACGCUCCAUGAGCAGGACAGCAAGACUGAGGAUGCCAUCUCCUCCUUACUGAAGAAAAAGCUUGAGGAGCAUCUGGAGAAGCUCCAUGAAGCUCACUCGGAUCUCCAAAAGAAAAGAGAGGUCAUUGACGACCUGGAGCCCAAAGUGGACGGCAACAUGGCAAAGAAGAUCGAUGAACUCCAGGAGAUUCUGCGGAAGAAGGAUGAGGACAUGAGGCAGAUGGAGGAGCGAUAUAAGCGCUAUGUGGAAAAAGCAAGAACGGUGAUCAAAACCCUGGAUCCCAAGCAGCAGCCGGUGCCUGCGACUCCUGACAUUCAGGCGCUGAAGAACCAGCUCACAGAGAAGGAGAGAAAAAUCCAGCACCUGGAGCAUGACUACGAGAAGAGCAGAACCCGACAUGACCAGGAGGAGAAACUCAUCAUCACAGCAUGGUACAACAUGGGGAUGGCGUUUCAUCAGAAAGUGUCUGGCGAGCGACUGGGUCCCUCGAACCAGGCCAUGUCCUUCCUCGCCCAGCAGCGGCAGUCCACCAACGCCAGGAAAGGUCUGACGCGACACCAUCCGAGAUGAGACGUCCCGCCGCCGACAGAAGAACACACAAAACGCUGAACGGACACCUAGAGAGAGAAGACGAAGCGAUCCGCAGUGGACUUCACUUGAACUCCCUGUGUCAUUGCCUUAAUGUCUUUGCUUGGACCCCUGCACCUCAGAGAGACAUUUGUCAUGCUGCUGCUGCUGCUGCCCCCUGCUGGCUCUUAAUGGUACGGGAAGGUCUAUUUGAGAUCCACUACUGUUAAACUCCGCUGUAGAUUAGAUCCAGAGUGAACUCACAGAAACAGCAAUGAAUGGAGCAGAUGGAGUUGUCUCACCUUUUAAGCUGACUGUUUUUUGUUCUUCUUCCUCUUUUUAGCCGAUCGUGUUUCUUUAAGGUUGGUUUUUAGUCUUUUUAAGUUAAGCAAUAGGACGUGAACUACUUCUGCCAAGGCAAUAGUUUUAAUGUGGUAAACGAGAGAGAAGUUAUUAGGGCUUUUACAAUUACUACUGCAAGUGCUAGAGAAGAGAACGCCACACAGGCUGUGGACUGAAAACAUCAUCACAUCCAGACGUUGGUACAUCUCCUUGGUCUUCAUUUGUUUGGGAUUUUCUCAUUUUUUGUUUUGUUUUUGUUGUCUUGACCAUGUGUUUUGAGGUGAGUUUUUCUUUUAAUUUGAAGGCCCUCGAAAAGAUGUCAAGACCAUGAUGGUGCGUUUAUAGCUUUAGAUUUUGUUUUCUCUUUUUGUAUUCACUUGAAUCAUUUUCUCUAAACUUAAUAUUCCUAAUAAGGAUUAGUUAAAAUGUUAACAACACAUACACCAAAGCACUUUUUUUGGCUAGAAGGGUGUGUUUCUUUAGUGCCUCGGAGAAGACUAAAAAUACUCCCUUGAUGGAUGAGAGUGAGGAUAUUCUCCCCUAAAGACUACGUCACACUGCAGGCUCAUUCUCACAUGGCUGGUGGUAAUGUGACUCCUGCAUAUUUUUCUUAAUAAUCUCUAAAUAUGAAAUUGAUUAUUACUCAAGAUUUAUUUUUUCUUUCUUUCGUUUUCUUCCCCUCUUUCCCAAAGAUUGAAACAGGGUAUUAGUUGUGGGUAGGACCUAAUUGCACUCACCACUUUAGAACCUAUACUAAUGUAAAUGUAGGUUAUUAAUAGCCUCCUAGUUCAAUUUAGUUGAUCACAAAGACUUGAAAUAAAGGCAAGCAACACUCUGUAGUCGAAUCCAUCAUGAUAAAAAAACACUAAUAAUAAUAAUAAUAAUGAUAAUGACUCUGUUAAUGGCUGUUUACCGCUGCUAGACCUCCAUUUAUGGUUGAACUGAACUGGAAGGAAAUGUAUUCUCAUCAGUACGCUGGAAUUUUUUGUUGUCUGUAGACAGGAAGUGGAAGACGGGGGUUCAAGUCGAGCCUGUAAGACGUCUGUCUGCCGUUUUUUCCCUUGUCAACAGAUGAUGUCAUUUUAGCCUUUCCCACAUCAGAGAUCUGCUGUUUUGUGACUUGGACCCCCCGUUCCUUGUGAAUGUUUGUGCUAUGGACUACAAAGACCAGAAUCCUUCUGUUGUGUUCACACAUUUUCUACUGAUUGUUAGAGUUGAUAUUUAUGGAGUUUACGUCAUUAUCUCUGCUGCACAUUUGCAUGGUGUGAAGGGUCUAACUUUUUAAGGUUUGCAUCAUAUUCUGGUCUAGUAGGUUGUAGUGGACUUCACACAGGCAUCUGAGGCAAGUCCAAGAUCUGUAGUCCGGUCUGUUCUACAUUUGCACUACAAAUAAAUGGGAUCUUAAGAUAA